UUUACUAUGUUACAAAUUUAAAUUUUUGAUUUUACCCUCAAUGAUUGCUCACUGGUUUACUGGUUCAAAGCUGCUUUAGGUUUCAUCAUUGUUUCUGUUUUUCUUGUUUUAUUACGAUUGAUUUAAUUAAUUGAUUUGAUGUGAUAUUUGGAGAUUAUGGAUAACAUUCAUGAUCCACUUGACGGUCGAUUUUUAACUUGUGAGAGUGACAAAAGACUUGGGGAACACUUUUUUACUUCUCAUUCGUGUUUUGAAUUGGCUAAAAGACUGUUAGGAAAGAUAAUUUGCCGUCGAAGUCAGUCAACUGGUGCUGUCUUAGCUGGUUUAAUCGUUGAAACUGAAUGUUACCCUGGUAAAGAUGAUCCAGCUUCUCAUUCUUACAAAGGUAAAAAAACACCAAGAAAUGAAGCCAUGUUCAUGAAACCAGGUACAGCUUAUGUUUAUUUCACUUAUGGUAUGUACCAUUGUUUCAAUAUAUCUUCAAAUGGUGAAGGAGCUGCUGUUCUGAUUCGAGCUCUUAAACCUGUAUCCGGCUUGAAAGAACAGUCAGACAACCGAUUAGCUUUUAAAAAGUCAUCAACAACAGUGUCUAAAAAAAUUGUUAUGGAUGACAAACAAAUCUCAAAUGGACCAGGUAAACUUUGUAUCGCCUUAGAUAUUGAUAAAGAAUCCAUAAACAAACAAGAUCUAUCGGUUAGUGAUUUAAUUUGGCUUGUUGAUCAUGAAGAUUACAAGGAUGAAGAAAUCACCAUCAGUAAAAGAAUUGGCAUCAAUACAGACACUACUUCUAGAAAUCAAUUGUGGAGAUUUUAUGUCAAAAACUCUGGCCAUGUUAGCAUAACCGAUGAAAAGAUGAGGAAAACAAUGAGGACAAGUAAAAAAGACGGAUCAAAGGUUGAAUUAACUUCAAAACCAAAGAAAAGGACUAAGAUCAGUGGUGAUUGAACACAAACCAAUUCAACCAUGAUUUUAGUA